CUUCUCUUUCUCAUCACAUCCAGAGGUAAAUAAGCCAGAUUCAACAAUAACAACCUCUAUUCAGACGAAUUGUUCACCUUCCCCGAGUGUUUCCGGUUUGUCAGACACUCUCAGGCUGCCGUUGGGAACCGUUACCGGGAUCAGCUAAAGGCGAUCUGAUUUGUGAUGGGGUCUUUGCUUUGUACCCCUGCCUCCCUGGCGUCGGGUCGGGGUUACGCUUCCUAAGCAUUUGGAGAUGUGAGGAAUAGAAAGAGAUUGGUGAUAUUGAGCAGCCUGUGCAUUGACACGACCUCUUGACCUCAUCUUCAGCAUGAAUGGUGAUAUGCCUCAUGUUCCCAUCACUACUCUUGCUGGAAUUGCUAGCCUGACAGACUUGUUGAACCAGCUGCCCUUGCCUUCUCCUCUGCCUGCCACCACUGCUAAGAGUCUGCUCUACAAUGGAAGGAUCUCAGAAGAGGUCAGCAACCUGCUGGUGUGCCGGGACGAGAAUCUGGUGACUCAGCUGGCCCAUAGCCUCAACCAGGUCUCCACCGAACACAUAGAGUUGAAGGACAACUUGGGGAAUGAUGAACCUGAGGGUGACAUGCCAGCGCUUCUACAAACUCUGCUGUCCAGAAACCCCAAAAUCUUCGGGGACAAAAGUGUAAUGCAACAGCCAAUGGUGCAACAGUUUAAGAUUUCUCAAAACCAGGUGCAUGGGAGUCCAGGAUCAAACUAUCAGCAAACUCAAAGCCCAGCUGGAUGCUUUACAUCGCCACAGUCUGGAUCAGGUGCUCGGUUCGUCCCCCAGCAGAACAGCCCUAUACCCAGUCCGUACACCCCUCAGAGUCCUGCAGACUACAUGCAGUACAAUCCACCCAGUUAUUCCCAACACCAACAGACACAGCAAGUUCGAACCAUCCAUGACAACAAGGUCUCCGGUCAGCUGUCAGGUACUUCAUCCAAUCAUAAUGCGAGACUAGGCUCAGAUGAGGACUACAUCCACAUGGCUCACAGACUGGGGAAUGAGGUAAAUGACCCCUCCAUGAGGGCAGCCACCUUCCAAGUGAAAUCCCCACAGUCUGUGUGUUCCCCUGCUGGGAGUGAAGAGGCUGCAAAAAGGUCCAGACCACCCCUCAUCAUGCAGUCUCCUCCACCCGAUGGGCCGCCAGGUGCAGCAGCUGACAUGCUCCUCAGCUCUGGGGACCGUAAAAAGAAGCAGAAGGAAAGGAGUAAAGAAGAAAAUGAGCACACGGAUAAGGAUGUCUCGUACGACAUUGUCAGUUCUCCAUCUAAACAGUCUGCCAAGCUUACUAUAAAACUGUCCCGAAUGAAGUAUUCCGACUUGGAUGAAACUGGAGAAACUCCUCCCAGGUCACGGGUCGACUCAGACCGUGAAACUGAUCUGAUGUAUAAUAACAUUAAUCAGUUGUCAAGGUCUGCCCAGGACUUGUCACACAAGUUAGGUGCUGAGGAGCAGCCCAACUGUCAGCAGGUUCCUGUUCGGCCAAACACUAAGGAGUCCGGAGGCGUCAGCGGGGUUGUGUUUGAUGACGCUGAGAUGGACACACUAACGGAGAUCGAGAGAAUAGACCGUGAGUCUGCCAGCGAGAGAGAAAGGUGGUCUAAAGAAGUUCAGGAUAAAGAUAAGCCACUGAAGAAACGAAAGCAAGACUCGUAUCCUCAGGAAUCCGGAGCUGAGUCCAAUGACGCUGUACAAGUGUGCAACGCUGACAGCAAGUUGACACCCAAGAAGACGAAUGCUGCGAGUAACGGUGCCGGUCGGCCUGCUUUGAUGGUCAGUAUUGAUCUGCAGCAAGCUGGCAGAAUGAUAAGACAGCCUGUCGUGGUGUUGGAAGCACAGAAGAUGUGUGAGGACCACCUACUGCACAUAAAUUCUAAGACUGAUGCAAAUGCAGAUAAAGUUGUUGAAAACAGACCUGGGAUCAUCAAACAGCCAUCUGACAACCCCAGGAAGUCUGGCUCAGAGGGGCAACCUGUAACCCCCAAACAGAAGCAGGAAAGCCGGCGUGAUUCCAAACACAAACAUGACGGCAAAGCUACCAGUGGCAAGGGACAAGUUGACAGACAGCCAGAAACACCGCGUCAGAAACAUGACAAGCAUUCAGACCUACGCCACAAAGAGGAAAAGAACCACAACAGUCAUCGAUCCAACGUCAGCCAACCUGAGACUCCGAAAACCCCCAGCAAGGCGGAGCGUAACUCCAAACAUGGAGAAGACAAAGUCAGGGAAAAAGAUAAGGAUAAAGAAAAAGAUAUAGAUAACGAAAAGGAAAAAAACAUAGAUAAAGAAAAAGAUAGAGAUAGGGAUAAGAUUAGAGAAAGGAAAAAAGAGAGAAAUAAGGAAAGAGAAAAGGAUAAGGUAAGAGAGAAAGAUAGAGAUAAGGAAAAAGACAGAGAUAAAGAUAAAGAAACUGACAGAGAUAAAGAGAAGGAGAAAGAUAAGGACAGAGAUAAAGAGAAGGAGAAAGAUAGAGAAACUUUGAGAGAGAAAGAUAGAGAAACUGUCAGAGAUAAAGAGAAAGAUAGAGAAACUAUCAGAGAUAAAGAGAAAGAUAGAGAAACUAUCAGAGAUAAAGAGAAAGAUAAGGACAGAGAUAAAGAGAAAGAUAAGGACAGAGAUAAAGAGAGAGAUAAGGAUAAAGAUAAAGAAAGAGACAGGGAAAGGAAGCACAAGAUGUCAAGGGAAAACUGCAACAGACCCUCUCCUGACCGGCAUACUAAACCUGAGAGCCCGAGAGUGAAGCAGGACGGUAGCAGAAAAUCCGCUGACCUCAAUGGCCGACAGAGGAAAGACAGUUCCGGCCUUCAAAACUCCCAAAAUAAGAAAGAGAGGAAAAGUGGGGAGAGCGUCGUUACUGGCCCAGCUGGAAGCAAACAGCAGCCUGUGGAGGCGAAACCGAGCGAGUUCCCCGCCUACCUGCUGGGGGGCAAGUCGAGUCUGAAGAACUUUGUGAUCCCUAAAUUGAAACGCGAUGCGAAAGACAAAGAGCCCCAAAUCCUGAGCAAACUGACAGAGAGCGAGCCCCUGGUCAGGCUGGAGAGAGUGUCAUUGGUGGAGAGCUUAAACAAGGGAGCCAAACCCCUGGUGGUGCUCAACAAACUCAGUAUCGAUGAAGUCAAAACCAUCAUCAAGGAAAGCAGGAAUUCACACAAAUCCAAGACCUCAGGGAGAGAAAUGUCUUCUGGUGAGAAGACAAACAAGCGAAAUCACAGUAUGAUCAGUAAGAAAUCCAAGUACGCCGAGUCGGAUGAUGAUGAUGAAGAAGAUGACAAAGCUGAAGAUGAAGAUUACUCUGAAAAUGAGUCUCCAAAGAAAAAGUCUAAGAAAAGUCACGACAAACCAUCUAAGUCCGAAAAGAGGGCGGGCUCUGGAGAGCACCGGCGAAGUGGAGGUUCCCACGUUGCUCGCCGGGGGUCCGGUGGCCGCCACCGUGAACUAAGUGAAUCAGAUGAAGGCAGCCCGACUCCAAGCCUGACUGAUUCUGCCAGAAAAUUGAAGAAGAAGGAGAAACAGAAAAACAGGAAGGCGUAUGAUUGCAAACUGACACCAGAGGAAAAGAUGGACUCAUCCUCAUUUAAGAGAUUCAUGGCCAAUGUGGACAGCAUCCUUGAGAGCCUCGAGGAUGUGGACCUCACUGCUACAGAUGACGAUGGCAUACCUGAAGAGCUCUUGCUCGGAAAGCACCAGCUGAGUGAGCUCUGCAGUGAUUCCACUAAGCUCAAAGCUAUGCGCAUCUUCCACAAGUUUCCAUCCGACAAACUGGUGAAAUUCUUGAACAUCCUUGAGAAGAACAUUCAGGACAGCGUCAAACUAACCACGCUAAUGAAUCAUGAUAAUGAUUCAUUGGAUGAGGAGCGGUUGUGGCGUGACCUCAUCAUGGAGCGUGUGGCUAAGUCCGCUGAUGCCUGUCUGACUGCACUCAACAUCAUGACAUCUCCACGCAUGCCCAAGGUUGUUUACAUAGAGGACGUGAUUGAGAGGGUGCUGCAGUACUCCAAGUACCACCUGCAGAACUCUCUGUACCCUCAGUAUGACCCCGCCUACAGAUCGGACCCCCAUGGAGGAUCUUCGCACACUCCAAAGUCCAAGAAAGCAAAGAGCUCCAGCCACAAGCAGAAGGUGGUGGUCAUGCUCUACAACAAAGUGUGUGAUAUUGUCAGCAACAUGUCAGAGCUGCUGGAGAUCCAGCUGCUCACUGACACAACCAUUCUCCAGGUGUCGACCCUGGGAAUAACACCUUUCUUUGUGGAGAAUGUCAAUGAUCUGCAGCUAUGCGCCAUCACACUAGUCACAGCGGUGUUCACUCGCUACGAGAAGCACAGGCAACUCAUCCUAGAGGAGAUCUUCACCUCCCUGGCUCGACUGCCAACUAAUAAACGCAGCCUCAGGAACUUCAGGCUAAACAACGAUUCAGGAGGAGAUGUGUAUAUCCAGAUGGUCACCGCAUUGGUUCUUCAGCUCAUCCAGUGUGUGGUUCACUUUCCCUCAGAGAAGGACGGAGACGAUGAUCAUAAUAAGAAGGUGGAUAAAGAUGUCUUCAUCACAAACUCUUUUGAAACUGCCAUGAGGACAGCUCAGAACUUCCUGUCAGUUUUUCUCAAGAAGUGUGGCAGUAAGCAGGGCGAGGAGGACUACAGGCCGUUGUUUGAGAACUUUGUUCAUGACCUGCUGUCUGCAGUCAACAGGCCCGAGUGGCCCGUCGCUGAACUGCUGCUCAGUUUAUUGGGCCGGCUGCUGGUGCACCAGUUCAGUAACAAGCAGACAGAAAUGGCGCUCAGGGUGGCGUCGCUCGACUACCUCGGCACCGUGGCAUCUCGCCUGCGCAAAGAUGCUGUCAAUAGCAACAUGGACCAAAAGGCUAUUGACCGCAUCCUCAAAGAGACUCAAGGCAGCGAUGAGAUCCAGCAACUCCAGAAGGCCUUGCUGUACUACCUUAAUGAAAACAUUGAGACAGAACCAUCCCUAGUGUUUGCCAGGAAGUUUUAUAUCGCCCAGUGGUUCAGGGAUGCUACUACUGAGGCCGAGAAAGCGAUAAAGUCUCAGAAUGACGACGAGGAAGUGAAAGGCCUUCAUCAUUCCAUGGAAGUAGACUCGACUGAGGAGAUUAUGCAGCGGUCCGAGUCACGUAAGAAAUUCCUCCGCAAAGUCAUCAGGACAUCACCAUCAGACUUCAAUUCUCUGAGGGUAAACUCUGACACAGUAGAAUACGAGGACUCGUGUCUGAUUGUCAGAUAUCUGGCCUCCAUGAGGCCGUUUGCACAGAGCUUCGAUAUUUAUCUAUCACAGAUUCUGAGGGUGCUUGGUGAGAGUGCUAUCGCAGUCAGAACUAAAGCCAUGAAGUGUUUGUCUGAAGUAGUAGCUGUGGAUCCAAGUAUUCUGGCACGGUUGGACAUGCAGCGUGGGGUUCACUGUCGCCUCAUGGAUAACUCUACCAGUGUGCGAGAGGCUGCCGUGGAGCUGCUGGGCCGCUUUGUGCUAAGUCGACCGGAGCUCAUUGAGCAGUACUAUGACAUGCUCAUCGAAAGGAUAUUGGACACGGGUAUUAGUGUCAGGAAGAGGGUCAUCAAGAUCUUGAGAGAUAUUUGCCUGGAGCAGCCGGAUUUCCACAAGGUCACUGAGAUGUGUGUGAGGAUGAUCCGAAGGGUCAACGAUGAAGAGGGUAUCAAGAAACUGGUGAAUGAAACAUUCCAGAAAAUCUGGUUCACCCCCACACCCAGUCAUGACAAAAACGCCAUGACCCGGAAGAUCCUGAACAUCACAGAUGUGGUGUCUGCAUGUAAAGAUUCAGGCUACGACUGGUUCGAGCAGCUUCUCCAAAAUCUGCUGAAGUCUGAAGAGCAAGCGUCGUACAAACCCGCCAAGAAGGCCUGUGUUCAGCUGGUGGACAAUCUAGUGGAACACAUACUGACAUAUGAAGACACUCUUGCAGACUGUGAGGACAAAGGGGUCACUUCAGGUCGUCUGGUAGCAUGCAUCACCACUCUGUACCUGUUCUGCAAGAUCCGAGCACAGCUGAUGGUCAAACACGCCAUGACCAUGCAGCCCUACUUGACCAGCAAGAGCAAUACCCAGAACGACUUCAUGGUGAUCUGUAACGUGGCAAAGAUCCUGGAGCUGGCCGUGCCUCUGAUCGAGCACCCAAGUGAGACUUUCCUCACCACCAUAGAAGAAGACUUGAUGAAGCUCAUUAUCAAAUAUGGCAUGACGGUCGUACAACACUGUGUCAGCUGUCUUGGUGCUGUGGUGAACAAGGUCACACACAACUACAAGUUUGUCUGGGCUUGUUUCAAUCGCUACUAUGGAGCUCUAGCAAAGCUGAAGACCCAGCACCAAGAGGACCCCAACAGCUCCACCCUGGCUACCAACAAACCUACUCUCCUGCGCUCACUCUUCACAGUGGGGGCUCUCUGCCGACACUUUGACUUUGAUCAAGAGGAGUUCAAGGGCACUAACAAGAUCGUCAUCAAGGACAAAGUGUUGGAGCUUCUGUUGUACUUCACCACUCAUGAAGAUGAAGAGGUCCAGAUCAAGGCCAUCAUAGGUCUAGGCUUCCAGUUCAUCAUGCAUCCAGAGCUCAUGUUUAUGCAGGAUGUGAAGGUCCUGUAUAACAACACCCUGUCAGAGGAAAACACUUCGGUCAGUCGGAAGAUCCAGGUGCUGAAGAACCUGCAGAUAUACCUGCAAGAGGAGGACUCUCGAAUGCAGGUGGCUGAUCGUGAAUGGAAGAGUCAAGCCAAGGAGGAGGAUCUGAAAGAAAUGGGAGACAUCUCAUCAGGCAUGAGCAGCUCCAUAAUGCAGAUCUACCUGAAGCAGGUGCUGGAGUCCUUCUUCCACUCACAGUCCACCGUUCGCCACUUUGCCCUGAGCGUCAUCAUACUGACUCUCAGCCAGGGCCUCAUCCAUCCUGUGCAGUGUGUGCCAUACUUGAUUGCCAUGGGAACCGACCCAGAGCCAACCAUGAAGAACAAGGCCGAUCAACAACUGGUGGAGAUUGACAAGAAAUAUAUAGGCUUCAUCCACAUGAAGGCCGUAGCAGGGUUAAAGAUGUCCUAUCAGGUGCAACAGGCCAUAAAUGGAUCAAAAGGCCCGUUGCUUCGAGGCUUUCGUCAGGAUGACACAGACACUGCGCUCUGCUCUCAUCUCUACGCUCUGGUGCGAGGGAACCGACAACACAGACGGGCUUUCCUCAUUUCCCUGCUCAACCUAUUUGAUGACAGCUCAAAAAUAGAGGUGAACAUGCUGUUGUUCGUAGCAGACAACUUAGCCUGUUUCCCCUACCAGACCCAGGAGGAGCCUCUUUUCAUUAUGCACCAUGUGGAUAUCACUCUGUCAGUGUCUGGCAGCAACCUGCUCCAGUCCUUCAAGGAGUCUUUACGGAAGGAGCCUGUCAAUCAGGAAGAGAAGACGAAGGCAAAAAAGAAGAAGAAGAAAAAGAAGAAGAAGAAGCAUCAUAAGAGACAGCUCGGCUCGGAUGAGGACGAUGAAGACGAGGACGAUGAGCAGAGCAGCAGCUCCUCCAGCAGCAGCAGCAGUGGAGAUGAGGAGGUUGUGCACAGGGGAAAGAAACCUGUGGAUCAUGACUCUGACUUUGAAGAUGAGGAUGCAGUGAUGUGCCGUCUGCCAGAAAACUCCAACCCUCUUCUGGACUUUGCCAGUUCCUCACAGGGCAUUCUGCUGCUGCUGAUGCUCAAACAACAUCUGAAGAAUCUGUACGGUUUAACAGACAGCAAAAUCCAGAAGUAUUCCCCGACAGAGUCUGCCAAAGUGUACGACAAGGCAGUGAACAGGAAAUCUAAGGUGCACUUUAACCCCGGCCAGACACUGCUGUACCUGAAGAGUGAUCUCGCCAACACGGAGCUCAGCCACGAGACCAAGAGGAAUAUUGUGAAACAGUAUUUGGAUUUCAAGGUCCUGAUGGAGCACUUGGAUCGUGACGAAGAGGACCAAGAGGGUGAAGCAAAUGCAAACGCCAGAAACAAAGCCAUUACUUCACUGCUGAAGGGCCCAAAACCAGUGAACCACAACCACAAUAACCACACCGUUCCAGUGGAGUCAGAGGAGGAGGAGAGUGAGGCUGAAGAGCCCCCUGCGCGCAAACCGAAGAAAGGCGUUGAGUCGGCAGAGGACACAGGCAACUUGCAGGAGAGAGUAAAGGCCAUGGACAUCAUUGCCCUCUGCUGUCCCAAAUUCAAAGACAGACCACAGAUCGCCAGGGUCAUCCAGAGGAUCAAAACUGGCUACAGCAUACACUGGAUGACCGGUUCUUAUUCUGGGUCCUGGGCGGAGGUAAAGAAACGGGAAGGUCGCAAAAAGGUGCCUUGGGUUGACACCAUCAAAGAAUCAGACAUCAUUUACAAGAAAAUAUCCUUCGCAAGUGGACAGAAGCUGUCGAACAAAGUGGCACAGACGUUACGGGAUCUAUACGCUGUCAAGGACGGGGAGUAAGAGUCAAAUGAAACGGACAGAAACCCCUCACAUCCCAAACCUGUGCGGACCCAGUAUGUUUCACAGAGGAAAUCAAACCUCUUUAGAUGUAAGGACCAGAUGGAGGAGAAGUAUUGUGAUCUGUUUGAAUACAGACAUGUUUAAGUUAAACACGAGAAAAACACAAGAAGGAAAUGUUUGGGAAAACAUUGUGUGGGAGUUCCUUCGCUGUUGUGCAGCAACUUCGUUGUUUGAUUUUUACUCCCACUGUAUCAUAGUUUAACUAAACACAUGUUUAUAUCUGAACAUAAUUCUGUAAAAAAGUAAACUGAAUGUUGGAAAUUAGUGUUAUGAUGAUGUUCUUAAUAAAGUGUUUUUGGAGUUUAAACUAGCACCAGAUGGAUUUAUUCACUUGACCUGAGCUCCAAGAACUUUUAGCUUUCUUUUUGUUCUUGUUUCAAACACUUUGUUGUUUACCUACACUGUGUAAUGGAGUAUCUUUGAUAUGUUUUAUUUAUGUUAAGAGCAGUGCAGUAUCUGUGCCUAUAUGCAGGGGAAGUUAUAUUGUUUUUAAUAUAGAUUUUGAUGUUAUAGAACACAGCAAGAAAAAAAUUAUCCCCCGCUCUUCUGGUGAAACAAAUACUGCAAUAAAUUUUUCUUACGUCUUU